AUGGGAGCCCCGCUCCAGCUCGCCCCGUCCCUCCCACAGGCCACCCGCAGGGCGGAGGAACUCUCGCAGGAGCAGGACCACUGCAUGCACCUGGAGAAGAUCAAGAAGAACUACGAGGUCACCAUCAAAGGCCUGCAGGCCAAGAUGGAGGAGGCCGAGCAGCUGGCUCUGAAGGGAGGGAAACGCACGAUCAUGAAGCUGGAAGCCAGGAUCAAGGAACUGGAGACAGAGCUGGACGGCGAGCAGAAGCAGCACGUGGAAACAGUCAAGACGCUGCGGAAGAAUGAGCGGCGCCUCAAAGAGCUGGUCUUCCAGACGGAGGACCACAAGACCAACCAGCGCAUGCAGGAGCUGGUUGAGAAGCUGCAGGACAAGCUGAAGGUGUACAAGCGGCAGAUCGAAGAGGCGGUGGGUGCUUGUCGUGCAGCCCGAUUCUGUCUCCCUCCCCAGCCCAGGUCUCCUUGGUGAGAAUGAACCACAGCAAAGGAACCAAGUCUUGGCCAAAAGACAGUUCCCGUGAGCUUCGGGUCCAUGGCACUUUGCCAUCAGAGGGAGGUGGACUGGACACGACACACUGGA